AAAAAGAAAGCUCGCUGUUGCGAUUGUCCUCCAAAAGACUUCGGAGUAUCACGUAUUGUAGUGCAGACAUUAAAAUCGGAUUUAUAGUAAACUUGCCGGUCUGGUUUCUCGUAGCGGACUGUUGCAAACUAAAGAGAACUAUUCAACACGCUUAAUGGCAAGUAGACGUCAUACGAAAGCGGAAGAACUUCGGUUAGCGCAGCUAAAGUUAGCUAGAUAAGUGGCUACUCAAACGGUAGCAGGUAGCAGCUAGCGGGCUAGCUUGCUCCUUUGCUGUCAUGACCGGGGCUUCUCGAGAUUUCACAGCGUAAACGAGAAUACCUAGCAACUUGCUUGUUAGCUUUUAGUCGUUCGGCUAAAUUUGUGUCCCCGCCGAGACGCUGGCAGAGCGGAGAUUUUUUGCUUUCCUGUUGCUACCGGUGCUUCUUCAGCCGGCUGAAGAUAGCUCACUUUACACACCCUGGACUUCCCAGUGAGAUGAGAGAGAGCAGCAUUGCCAAAGCAUUUAAAUAAGACAUCUUAACCCGGCUGACAAGGAGUGUCAACCUUUCUGUUUGCCAAAAAUAAGCAUCCGAUAAGACUGAAGAAAUGCUGACUGACAGCAGGAAGAGGCACCAUAGCUGCAACAGCGAGGAAGACCAACAGCUGAGGCCUCAGGCCAAGAGGUCAGGAGGGGGUCCCUCGCUGCUUGUAUCAGAUUUGGACUCAGAGUCUUCCAGCAGUGACAGCAGCAAUGGGAUCAGCAGUCCAGAGAGAGCAAUAGUGGCCACCACCAGACCAUGCAUACACAGCCAAAACAGCUGCAUCACCCAGGACCCCGUCAGCCCAAAGCCCGAAGACUCUGCCAGCUCCUUGCAGCACGGUUUCCAUGGUGAUGGAAGAAGUGUCUCAUAUGACUACAUCAACAGAGUCCUGAGGGAGGCGCACUUCAGCAGUCUGCAGACCAGAGGCCGACCAGGCUCGACAUGACCGUGACCUCCGGCCCUCGCCCGACCUUGCCUCCUGACCAUUUUGUCCCUCACCCAUCAGUGUCAACACUGCUGGCAUGAUGGUGCCUCCCAGAAAGCCUCAAUAACACCAUGGGAUCAGGUGUAAGGCGAUGAUGUGUAGGGAAUAGGGUUGCAACAGUAUGAGAUUUUCACUGUCUCUGAAAAUAUCAUGGUAUUACAAAGUUCUUGUCAUCAUUAUUAUUAAUUACAACUCUUAAAGUAUUUUUUAUUGGUUGAAAUGUACGUGGUAUGAUAACUUUCAGUUGUCGUACUAUAGCACAAGACGUAUUAUGAAAACCGCAUACAGCUGCAACCCCAUUGGGGAGGUUUAUGGAUUCUGGGCUCAUCCCCACCUCAACAUGUACCAUUUGUCAAGAUCAUAAGCACAUCCGCCUUUCCAUGGCCCAGCCACUGUGGUUUUCUGUGCAGUAUCGAUGUGUACGUGUGGAUUUGUGUGUGUGUGUGUGUAUGCAUGCACCCCGUGCACUUUAUGAAGAGGUCUCCUUCUCUUUACAUGCGUGCGUCGAUGCGUGGACAUUUUCAUUGGUGCUAAUCACAAGAAAAGUGUGAUGAUGAUGAUCCAAAGUGCUUGCAGAACUAAAUAAAGCUAAGCACUUUACUC